CGCAGCCUCCGUUGGUUCUUCAUUUUAUUUUUCUAGAGUCAAGACACAUGUAAUCUGUGUCUUGAUUUACCCUUCGUCAAGCGACGCCAAAACGUGCCCCGGCUAAUCUGUCUAUCGCGGCCGGCGGCGGAAAGAGCAGGGCAGCAAGGCGCGGGUGCCAGCGUGGUAGCCGGAGGACAUGGCCACCCACUUCACGCUCAACACCGGAGCCCGCAUCCCCUCGGUGGGCCUCGGCACCUACAAGGCCGGCCCCGGCGCCGUCGCCGACGUGGUCUCCGCCGCCGUCAAGGCAGGGUACCGGCACAUAGACUGCGCGCCGCUGUACAAGAACGAGCAGGAGAUUGGUUGUGCUCUGAAGAAGCUCUUCCAUGAUGGAGUUGUCAAGCGAGAAGACCUCUUCAUCACCUCCAAGUUAUGGUGCAGUAGCCUUGCACCUGAAGAUGUCCCGCUUGCAAUGGACAGUACACUGAAAGAUCUGCAGCUGGAUUACGUCGAUCUGUAUCUGAUUCAUUGGCCGUUUCAGAUCAAGAAAGGCACUGAGCUCAGUCCAGAGAACUUCGUCGAGCCUGACAUACCCAGCACCUGGCGAGCAAUGGAGCAGCUGUAUGGUUCAGGCAAAGCUCGUGCGAUCGGCGUGAGCAAUUUCUCCUCCAAGAAGCUAGGCGAUUUGCUCUGCGUCGCCCGUGUCCCUCCGGCUGUUGAUCAGGUCGAGUGCCACCCCGGCUGGCAGCAGGCGAAGCUCAGAGCGUUCUGCCACUCCAAUGGCGUUCAUCUCUCUGCGUAUGCGCCAUUGGGCAGGAUGAAAAGCAUCGCCGUUGAUUCAGUGGUUCCAUUGGUAGCCGAGACGCUUGGAAGAACUCCGGCGCAGGUUGCUCUUCGCUGGGGCCUCCAACAGGGCCAGAGCGUGCUUCCCAAGAGCGUCAGUGAGGCGAGGUUGAAGGAGAAUAUGGACCUGUUUGGCUGGUCUAUUCCUGACGAACUGUGUGCCAGGUUUUCAGAAAUCGAACAGGUUAAACAAAUCAAAGGAGAUGCAUUUGUUCACCCCGAAAGUGUCUACAAAACCUACGAGGAGCUUUUUGAUGGAGAAAUAUAAGAAGAUAGCAUAAACAAUUUGAAACGAAAUAUAGCACUACUGUAAAAUACAAUAAAACAUGGCAGACGUUUCACAA